UUCUGAGGGAUGCGGUGGGUGGACCUAGAAUGUCAAGCCAGGGCCUAGAGAGAGGAGGGAGAGAGAGAGAGAGAGAGAGAGAGAGGAAAACGUAUCUGACGGCAGAGGGCCACCGUCCAGCCACGGGACUCAUCAGUCGUUGUCCCUUUUGCAGUUGUUUAGACUUGCGAGAUGGGUGAAAGCGAUAGACGAAGACUUUGCCAUGAGGAGUGCAAAUUUGAAGUUUAUCUUCUUAAAUUUGCUCUUCCCACUGACAUACCUUUAUUCUCUCGUUAUCGUCUUCUCUCUCUGUUAUUGAAUCGUUCUCCUCGCGGUUUGCUCCGUUUGAAGUUGAGCUUCCAGAUCUAAUUGAUGCUACUAUGGUCUGGCGUUCAAGAAUAUAGUUAUCACUGGGUUUUUAAAGGCCUAAUCAGAUUGCGAUGAACCUGUCCUGCCUCGGUGCAUUAAAAUUGAAAUUGAAAUCUCGUAAAGAGAAAAAUGUAGACUCUUCAACGCAGACAGAAGAGAUUCCUACCAACAAUGUUCAGCUGUUCUCCUAUAAGUCAAUGAAAUCUGCAACAGAAAACUUUCAUCCAUCAAACAGAGUAGGUGCAGGCGGUUUUGGUGUUGUAUAUAGGGGUGUUUUAAUGGAUGGUACUGAGGUUGCAGUUAAGUCUCUGUCUGCAGAAUCUAAACAAGGAACUCGUGAGUUCUUGACUGAGAUUGGCAUAAUAUCUAAUGUCAGACAUCCAAACCUUGUUCAACUCAUUGGGUGUUGUAUAGAGAGAAGUUAUCGUAUGCUGGUCUAUGAGUAUCUGGAGAACAACAGCCUUGCAAGUGCUUUACUUGGUGCAAAUAAUAAACAAAUAUAUCUGGAUUGGCCUAAACGAGCUGCCAUCUGUAUGGGUACAGUUCAUGGUCUUUUGUUUCUUCACGAGGAAGCUGAACCGCAUAUUGUCCAUCGAGACAUAAAGGCUAGUAACAUACUUCUUGACAAAGACUUGCAUCCUAAAAUUGGAGACUUUGGGUUGGCUAAACUUUUCCCAGACAAUGUCACUCAUCUUAGUACACAAGUUGCAGGAACAAUGGGUUAUUUGGCUCCAGAGUAUGCUUUGUUUGGACAGCUAACAAAAAAGGCUGAUAUCUACAGUUUAGGGGUGCUUCUACUUGAAAUAGUCAGUGGCAGAAGUAAUACAAAGGCAGCAUUUGGGGAGAAUCUGACACAUCUUGUGGAAUGGACAUGGAAACUGAAAGAGGAAGAUAAGCUUUUGAGCAUAGUUGAUCCAGACCUGAUUGAGUUCCCAGACGAAGAGGUGGUCCGCUUUAUCAGGGUAGCACUGUUUUGUACACAAGCUGCACCUCACCAGCGGCCCUCCAUGACACAGGUGGUGGAGAUGCUCUCCAAAGAGGUGAACCUCAACGUUGAGUCACUAAUCAACCCCGGUGUAUACAAGAACAGUAGUUCUCAAACCUCAGGCGCCAGUAGUUCGCAGGUGUCUCAGGCACAGAAGGGCAAACAAUCAAUUGACCCAUUCAUUACUUCCAUGAGUUCCACCCAUUUAGAUAGUUCUCUUACCAUAUCUAAGAUGCAACCAAGUCAUAGAUGAAUGAUAAACCAAACCGGAGAAAGAAGAAAGCUCCCAAGCCAGCUAUGCCUUGCCUCAUCUUCAAUGACUGAUGCCUUUUUUGGAGAUCUUUGGAGAAACUACCUUACAGCCAGUACGUGCUUUUGCACAUCUCAUGGCGAGUAAAUGAAAUUGAUACGAAGCCCUUUCUUUAGAACUGUGCGGUGUGCCAAGUGCCAACAUAAAGGAGCAAAAUGUGUUGGGAAGGCCUUAAAAGAGUACAUUUCUCUGCAAUCUGUUGAUUUCAACAAUUUUGUCCGAACUCAGGCAGAAAUAGAGAUGAACACUGACGAGUCUACCUGAUUCAAUUCCAAUACUUGAGAUUAAUAUUAAAAAUGCAAAAAUUCUUCAAAUAUACAAUCAUGUUGGGUUACUAUUA